GUAUAGGAUUUAACAUGGAUCUAACCAUGGAUCUAAGUUAUCGGAGGUUAACUUUUAACAAAUAGCAUUACAGAAAACAUAGGGAAAUUUGACGGGACGAUAUGAAGAAAUGUUGCAUCAAAUAGUUGUUUUAGAAAAUAUAAAUUUAAAUAAUACAAGUGACCAUGAAAAUAUGUUGACAUUUGUGAUGUUCGUACUAAAUUCUAUAAAUAUGUAGUGACUAAAGUAAAUAACAACUAAAUGAAUAAAUGCAAACCGGCAUAUUUUAGAAUCUGGAAAUAAUCGAGAGACGUUUACAGUGAUAUACAACUUGCUUAUUUUUCCGGCAAUUAAUUUAAUAUUAAUAUGGCUGGCAAUUUUUGGCAAAGUUCACAUCAUCAACAAUGGCUUCUAGAUAAACAGGAUUUAGUGCGAGAACGACAACAUGAUCUUUCAAUUUUCACAGAAGAAGAAUAUCAAAAAUUAUUCAUCUUUUUUUCUAAUCUAAUACAAGUAUUGGGUGAACAGUUAAAACUAAGACAACAAGUUAUAGCCACAGCAACUGUUUAUUUUAAAAGAUUUUAUGCUCGCAACAGUUUAAAGUGUAUAGACCCUUUAUUACUAGCACCUACAUCAGUUUUUCUAGCUUCAAAGGUAGAAGAAUUUGGAGUUAUUUCUCACAAUAGAUUAAUUGCAGCUUGUCAAACUGUAGUAAAAAAUAAAUUCAAUUAUGCCUAUUCACAAGAAUUUCCUUAUCGUGGAAGCCAUAUCUCAGAAUGUGAAUUUUAUCUUCUGGAACACCUAGAUUGUUGUUUAAUAGUAUAUCAACCGUAUCGACCUUUAUUAAUCCUCAUUCAAGAUGUAGGGCCAGAUGAACAAUUACUUACAUUGGCUUGGCGUAUAAUUAAUGAUAGUUUACGUACAGAUGUAUGUUUAUUAUAUCCACCACAUCAAAUAGCUAUUGGAUGUUUACAAAUAGCUUGUGUCAUAUUGCAAAAAGAUUUAAAAGCAUGGUUUGCUGAAUUAAAUGCUGAUAUGGAAAAAAUUCAAGAGAUUGCACGUUACAUCAUUAAUUUAUAUGAACUAUGGAAAACAUACGAUGAAAAGAAAGAAAUUCAAAGUUUAUUAUCUAAAAUGCCAAAACCUACACCAUCGCCACCACAGCACUGACAGCAAGUUCUUUUAUCAUCUAAUAUUUGGGACUGAUACUCUAUAAAAAAAAUUGAAUAUCUUUUCUUUCGUUAAACAAAUUUAAAUUACAUACAAAUGAGUAUUAGUAUUAAUUUUUUAAUAUUCCAUCACAUUUUUACAUUAUCUUUUUAAA